UUCAAACGAUAACAUCUUAUGUCGUUUUGAUUCUUAGAAAAUCAUCCGUAAAUCGUGAGACUUUUUGUAGUUGACCGGAUCGUUGAUUCUCCUCACCUACCGUCGAGAUCUCACUGUCUCUUACUUCACCGUGACGACAAUGGCUGCUCGUAACUGGAUCUUCGCCGUAGCUGUAGCUGUAGCUGUAUUCUUAUCGCUUUCUACGUUUUCCUCCGCUCAGGAUCUCCAGAUCGUAAAUGCCGAGCGAAGGAUUGAUUUAAGCUCACAUAUCGUGAAGGCCUUCUUGACUCUUAAGGUUGAAAACAUUGGAAAAGAUCCUGCUGCGGAUAUGCUUCUUGCUUUCCCACCUACCCAGAUCAAGAAUUUGGCUAUGGUCCAAGCCUUGGCAGUUAUGGGCAAGAAGAAGAAGAAAACCUACUUGCCUCUAGAUGUGAAGCCAAGUGAGCAACCUGAUGCACCAAAUGACGCUGGCUACUUCCUUGUUUCGUUUGCUACCCCCUUAGGCCCUGGUGAAACCGUUACGCUUGAGGUGCUAUACAUAUUGACUCAUUCCUUGGAACCUUUCCCUGUGGAGAUAACCCAGUCAGAGUCUCAGUUGGUUUACUACCAUGAUAGUGCAGUGGUACUGUCACCUUAUCGUAUUAAGCAACAGGCGACUUUCUUUAAGACUCCUAGUACUAGAGUAGAGUCGUUCACCAGCGUCGAACCUGCUAACCGAGCUGGGAAAGAGAUCAAAUAUGGACCGUAUGAGGAUCGUGCUCCAUAUUCCUACGCACCUGUUAUCGUCCACUUUGAGAAUAACAGUCCGUUUGCUGUUGUUGAGGAACUCGUGCGUGAAAUUGAGAUUUCGCACUGGGGUAGCCUUCAGAUUACAGAGAAUUACAGGUUGACCCAUGGGGGAGCUCGGCAUAAGGGCGUUUUCUCAAGGGUGGAAUAUCAAUCUAGACGUUCUAUCAGUGGUUCAUCCUCUUUCAAUGCGCUCCUUGCAGUACUUCCUCCCAGAGUUAACUCUGUCUACUACAGGGAUGACAUCGGAAACAUCUCAACUUCACAUUUGCGUACAGGCUUUAAGAAGUCAGAACUUGAAUUUGAACCGCGAUACCCGUUAUUUGGAGGGUGGAGAGCAACAUUUGUCAUCGGCUAUCGAGUUCCAUUGGAGGACUAUCUCUUUGAAGCACCCGAUGGCAGACGUUACUUGAACUUUACCUUUGGCUGCCCGCUCGUUGAAACUAUCGUUAACAAGUUGACUCUCAAAGUCGUGCUCCCUGAAGGAUCAAAGGACCCUUCUGCUGUUUUGCCCUUCACAGUGAAUCAAGACUUACAGGUCAAAUACUCAUACCUUGACAUCGUGGGAAGAACCGUGGUUGUGUUGCAAAAGGAUAAUGUAGUUCCCACUCACAACGUACCCUUCCAGGUGUACUAUACGUUCAAACCAAUAUACAUGCUUGCGGAACCACUCAUGCUUGUAUCGGCUUUCUUCUUUGUCUUUGUGACUUCUCUUGCGUAUGUACACAUCGAUCUCAAUAUCGUCAAGAAGUAGAAAUCUCAGAGAAAAGUCCUUCACUUGCUUUUAAUAGACUCCUAAAAGAUAUAGACUUUUUUUUUUUGUUAAAAACAAAGAGUUUCGUAGUUGUAUCUUUGACGCUCUUUGUUUUAAUGAACUCUUGGAGUUGGAGAUCGAAUCGAUUUUCUCAGUUUUGUUCA